AUUAAAUUCUCCUGACUCAACCAUCACACACACACUCUAUCUCUUCUCUCUCUCUGACACAAACACAAAUGCAAUUUACAGUUAUCAUUUAUCAGGACAGCUACCUCUUCUUUCUCUCUCUUUCUUGAUUAAGAAACCUCACUUUUCUUCUUCAGAGAGACAAAUUCAAAGAAUGACGUUUUCAUUUUCUUCCUGCAGACCAAAAUCUUCAUUCAUCUCAUCUCUUCUUCUUUUUCUUCCUCUACUUCUGCUUAUUUCUUCUUCAUUCGCUGACCUCUCUUUCAACUUCUAUGGCAAUUCAUGUCCUGGAGCAGAGUUCAUCGUCAGGAACACCGUUAGAUCGGCUUCAACGACUGAUCUAUCAGUCCUUGGGAAGCUCCUCCGUCUCAUCUUCCAUGAUUGUUUCGUCCAGGGUUGCGAUGGAUCAGUGUUGAUUCGAGGUAACGGCACAGAGAGAAGCGACCCUGGGAACGCGUCUUUGGGAGGAUUCAAUGUGAUUGAAAGCGCCAAAAAUGUCCUUGAAAUCGUCUGUCCGGGCAUAGUCUCAUGCGCUGAUAUCCUCGUUCUUGCUGCUAGAGACGCUGUGGAAGCUCUUGGAGGACCGGUCGUAGCGAUACCGACAGGGAGACGAGACGGGACGGUCUCAGUGGCAGAAAAUGUCAGACCAAACAUCAUCGAUACUGAUUUCACAGUUGAUAAGAUGAUCAAUGUCUUUUCAUCUAAAGGCUUAUCUGUUCAAGAUCUUGUCGUUCUCUCAGGAGCGCACACUAUUGGAGCUGCGCACUGUAAUACAUUCAACAGCAGGUUUAAAAUAGAUCCCCGAGGCAACUUCGAGCUCGUAGACGCGUCUCUCGACAACUCCUACGCGCAAACACUUUUGAACAAGUGUUCAUCGUCGAUAGAUCCGACGGCUACGGUCGUGAACAACGAUCCAGAGACAUCUUCGACGUUUGACAAUCAGUAUUAUAGGAAUCUACAAGCGCACAAGGGUUUGUUCCAGACGGAUUCGGCACUCAUGGAAGAUGAUCGGACGAGGAAGAUUGUUGAGAUUCUUGCGAACGAUGAGGAGAGUUUCUUUGAGAGAUGGACUGAGUCGUUUAUAAAGAUGAGUGUGAUUGGUGUGAGAGUUGGUGAAGAAGGUGAGAUCAGACGCUCUUGUUCCUUCGUUAAUUAAACGUAUUGGAGAUAUAGUUUGUGUUGUCUUACUUAGUUUUUACACGAUUUGUUUGAUUUAUUUAUGUUCAGCUGCAAUGUAUUAUGGUGUAUAUGCCCCCUUCAAAUUUUAGAUCCCUCGCAAUAUAUCUAUAGAAUUUUUGUUUUUAAAUAUAUACUCAUGGAGAUAGUUUUUUUUUAAUCACUUUUGUACACAUUUCUACAAGGUACAAGCUUGUGAUCGUUUUAAAUAGUUGUAGUUCCUAAAUUGUUUUGAAUAGUUUUGAAAUAGCUCCUUUGGAU